CCCGCCUCCAGCCCGAGGGAAGGGGCCGCAGGCGUUCCAGUCAAGGCGCUGGGGGACUCAGGACUGGAUCAGCCCCGGCGCCAGGAGGGCUUCGCGGAAGCGGCGCCGGAGGGCCGGGAGCAGCGGUCCCGGACGUGCGUGCGGGCCCCAUCGGGAACGCGCGCGCCCCAGGCCGCGCACGCUUGCUCCCUGCGCCGGGGCACAGGUCGUUGGAGGUAGCCAGGCCGAGCGCUGUGCUCCGUUCAAGUCCCGUGGCCAGCGUCUGAGGCCCGUGUCUGUCCGGCCGUCUUUCAGACGGUCCGCGCUGGCGUAGCCCCUGCGGCCCUGCUUUGGCCUGGAGAGGGAAGCCCCCGCCCUGAGGAAGGGGUUCGAAAGCCUGGGGGCCUCUCGAGAAGACGCGGGGUGCCCGAGCUCUGCGACCAUGAAGGUCAAGGUCAUCCCUGUGCUCGAGGAUAACUACAUGUACCUGGUCAUCGAGGAGCGCACGCGGGAGGCUGUGGCCGUGGACGUGGCCGUGCCCAAGAGGCUGCUGGAGAUCGUGGGCCGGGAGGGGGUAUCACUGACAACCGUGCUGACCACCCACCACCACUGGGACCACGCGCGGGGCAACGUGGAGCUGGCGCGGCUGCGGCCGGGGCUGGCGGUGCUGGGCGCGGACGAGCGCAUCUGCGCGCUGACCCGCAGGCUGGUGCACGGCGAGGAGCUGCGGUUUGGGGCCAUCCACGUGCGCUGUCUCCUGACGCCGGGCCACACCUCCGGCCACAUGAGCUACUUCCUGUGGGAAGAGGAGUGUCCGGAUCCGCCCGCGGUGUUCUCGGGGGAUGCGCUGUCGGUGGCUGGCUGUGGCUUGCGCCUGGAGAGCACAGCUCAGCAGAUGUACGAGAGCCUGACAGAGACCUUGGGCAGCCUGCCUCCGGAGACGAAGGUGUUCUGUGGUCAUGAGCACACGCUGGGCAACCUUGAGUUUGCACAGAAAGUGGAGCCCGGCAAUGACCAUGUGAGAGCCAAGCUGUCAUGGGCUAAGAAGAGGGACGAGGACGACAUGCCCACAGUACCAUCCACCCUGAAGAAGAGCCUGUGCGCAAGUUCACGGGGAAGGCAGCCCCAGCUGAGGUCCUGGAGGCACUUUGCAAGGAGCGGGCGAGCUUCCAGCGGGCGGCUGAGCCGGUGCAGCCGCAGGCUCGGGCUCUCCUGGCACUGCAGUGGGGGCUCCUGGGCACACCUCGACAGAAAUGAGCCCCAAGUAGACCUGCUGUCGGGGCAGGCAGCACAUCUCUCCUUCAAACCUCGGCCGACUGAGCCCACAGGAGGAUUGCCUCUGGAACCUUCCAUGGCCCUGCCCAGCUGGCUGUCCAGCCUUGGUGGGGGGGUGCCCUGGCCCUGGACAUGUGAGGCCCCUGUCUGGGGUGCAUGUGAGCCCUGAGGUCUGGACGUUUCAGAAGCAGCGUGCUGGAGUGCACAGGGCUUCCGAACUUUGAAUAAAGCUGUGAAAGGUUCUUGACGCUUGUAGAUGC